AUGCCGCACACGAAUCGAAAGAAGAAGUCCUCCCCCACUACAGUCCCAGGGGAGAACAAGAAGAAGGUGGUGGUGCAUACGAAAAGGAAAGAAGUGCUGGAUGAAGAGGGGUGGGUGCAUGUUGUUGAUACGCCGCGUACGCGACGCUCGACCGUCUCCAAGGAUGCGAAGAGUUUGCAUGCUGGAGACUUCGAGGUGGAUGGCGUGCAGUAUAUCAAUCGGACGUUAGAUGAGAUGCGCGAGGAGUUCGGGUACUGGAAGAAGUCGUGGGAAACAGAUAAUUCUUCUGCGGAUCUGAAGAAAGCCCUGGAGGGGAAAGAGGGGUCCGGGGUGAAGAAGUGCGUUGUGCUUGGAUUGGGGAGUCUGCAGAGUGCGAGGCGCGAAGGGAGAAGGGCGACUUUUACACAAUUGGCUGCUCUUGAAACACUUCUAUCCAUAAUUGGAGAGAAGAUUCCAAUAAUCUUCCAAGAACCCCAGUUCACCGACACAGACAAACAGCUCCUGCGCGAACUCGGAUACGAAGUUGUGGAGGACCCAAAAGCGUUCGGCGAGAUCGAGGAGAACAGCCUGGUCUACGCUAUACACUGUUAUGCGGAUGUGUACAAGAAAGUCAGCGAGCAGAAGAGGCCGGCUGUGUUUAUCGGGACGGACGUGGAGAAUUUUGGGAGGUUCACUCUAUCUGAGACGGCAGGAGUGACGGCGGACGCUUUAGUUGAGAUGGUCAAGCAAUACGAGGCGACUGACUUCCCGCAGAUUCGACAUGACUUCUCGGAUACGAAAAUAUACUGGCGAAAGAAUGAAAAGAAUGAGGAGGAAGCAAAGCCUUGA